AUGAAUUUGCGAGACCCGGCCCCCAAGAUAGAGCCAGAGUCCAGUCCCAAUGACAUGCUCACUAGAUCCACUACCCACCAGGUUACGACAAACAAGGUACCGAGCACAACGGGGUCCAUGUUACGCCUGACAUUAUGGGUGUCAUUUGCCGCAUGGAUCUCGAACUUCGACAAUGGCUACGCCGGCACAGUCUUGAUCAUGCCUUCUUACAAACGAUCAUUUGGAAGCUGCGAGCAGGUCAUAGACCCGAACACAUAUGAAAAUAUACAGCAUUGCUCGUUGACGCCACUGCAACAGUCCCUUAUCAGCCUCAACUUCUUGUUCGUUGCCAUUGGAGGCGGGAUUUCAGGUGUGGCCGGUCAAUACGUCGGACGCAGGGCAUCAAUUCAGGUUGGAUGUGCAUUGGCUAUUAUUGGUGCCGCUGGAAUGCUUGGCACCAGUGGGAGCUUCCUUCGCUACAUGGUGUGCAGAUCGAUCAGUGCCGUGGGGAUUGGACAAUUGAUGGCAGCCAGUCUCACUUAUGGCUCUGAAUGCAUCGUCGCCAGCAAGCGCGGGCUGUCCCUAGGGUUGUAUAAUGUUGGACUUGCUAGUGGAAAUGUUGCUGCGUUCGCGGUAUGUGCAGGUUCUGCUCGUUUGGAGUCAACCAACAAUUGGCAGUGGAAGACACCUAUUCUAUGCCAAAUACCCCUGGGAAUUAUUCUAGGUGCUGGAAUUCUGAUGCUUCCCGAGUCACCGCGCUGGCUCAUGGGACAUGGCCGAGAGGAAGAAGCACGGAACUCCUUUGGCGUGUUAUACUGCCAAAGUCCAUAUUCGCCCGAAAUCACCGCGCAAAUUGACGAUAUAAGGACCAACCUUGUAAAUGAGCGUGCUGGCCUUGAAUCUGUCUCCUGGCUUGAUAUUUAUCGCAGGAAGCAUGUCGGUCGCACCUUGAUAUCUGCCAUGAUCAUGGUUGGUGUAGCCAUUACUGGUAUCCAAUUCGUCCAACCAUACGCUACGCUAUUUCUCAAAGGUGUUGGAAUCAGUGAUCCGUAUUUGAUCAAUGUCAUCAUUGGCUUGUGUAUUUUAGGAGGAUCUCUUUUUGGCCCUUUCAUUGUGGAAUAUGGCGGAAGAAGAGCUGCAAUGCUCUCGGGAUACCUUGUCAUGGGUCUCUGCAUGCUCACUCUUUCCUCUGUGAGCACUGCUCUUGAGAUGAAUGAAAGUGCCGAGAUAGUGAUAGUUGUUCUUCUGUGCUUCUGGGCUUUUGUCUUUGGUGGGACGAUUGCUGCAAGUGUUAACCUAUCAGCAGUGGAGGUGCACAGCGUCUCGCUUCGCACCUUCGGACAGGCCAACACAACAGCAUUCUACGGGAUAUUUGCCUUUGGUGCCACAUUCUGGACACCUUACAUGUUGAGCGCAGAUUACGGGAAUAUGGGCCCAAAUGUGGGCUAUUUCUAUGCAGGCAUUACUGCCGUCAUCGGAGUUUUGACCUUCUUCCUCGUACCAGAGACUGCUGGAAUCACUCUGGAACAGAUUGAUGAGGGUUUCAAUUCGGGAAUCAAAGCAUGGAAAACGUCACUGGCGAAAAAUAAAGCCAUUGCUUCCAUUCACAAACAGAACACGACGAGCAGAAACUUUGGGGCUUAA